AUGUAUAAUCCUUACCAACCUCCGGGCAUGUAUGGUCGCCCGCCAGACUUCGGUGCCUAUCCAGGAGCACCUCCAGGUAUGGCACCUCCUCCAGGAAUGGCCGCUCCUGGAACCGCUCCUCCCGGGAUGCAGCAAGCCAACGCCCAGCAGCCUGGUCGACCGGGCGGAUUCCCCCCCAACUUCCAACCGCCUGCGAAUAUGCCAAACAUCAAUUUCUCCGCCCCCGUAAUCCGACUGGGCACAUCGGGUCCAGCGAAAUCCGCUACUCCGGACGUGAACAAAGAACGUGGCGCCGACGGGCCCGGUAGACGCGCAGGUCUGGGGUCUACAAACUUGGAGUCCCAGCGCCAGAAUGUGCGCGAUGCGAUGAUGCAGUUACAGCCGCCUACUAGGGAUGAAAUAUUGCGAACUAUAUUCGUUGGAGGGAUCACGGAAGGCGUGGGUGGCGACGACGGUGUGGAAAGAAUUCUGCGGUCGGCCGGUAGCCUUAGACGCUGGAUUCGCGCCACAGAUGCGGAUGAAAAGCCGUGCAAGUUCGGUUUCGCAGAGUACGAGGACCCUGAGAGUCUAGGUACAGCUGUGGAAGUACUAAAGGACGUGCAAGUUCCUGUGAGGAGACAGACGUCGUCCAACACAGAGGAUAAAGAAGACAGUGAGGUGGAAAAGAGCACGCUUUUGGUUGUUGUUGAUGAGAGCUCACUCACGUACUUGGAACAAUACGAAGGUACCAGAGAAGAUCAAGACCCAGCCGAGCGCCAGUCGAAGUUGGAUUCUGCGAAGAAUACGCUUUCGAGUGUGUUACAUGACCUUUUCCACCCUACUUCACCCACCCAGAAAGAGGACGCUUCCGCGAUUGACCAGGAGGGAGACACUUCCAUGAAGGAUGCUGAGGAUGGCACGCCCGCAGAGGUCGUUACCAUACCAAUAACGGUCGACGAUGAGUUGUCCGAUAUCCCGCCCGAGAUGAGGGCAACGGUUGCCAAGGAAAUCGCCGCUUUCCGCGACCGAAGCAACCGCCGAGACAUUGAACGCUUGAAGCGAGAGGAGGAGAUCGAGUCAAUGGAGAGGGCACGGAAUUCUGGCUCUAGAGUCAAUCGACUAGCAUCCCCUCCUCCAUCUGCGCCAAGCGGACCUGCAGCUGGUGCGAAUGGGGUUCCCCUGGGUGCACGAGAGCGUGGAAUGCCCAAUGCGCCCUCAGGGCCUAAAGGAUUCGGUGUGCAAAUACCGAAGGACUAUCAGAAAGGUGUCUCGUUUGUCAAUGGCGGCUCUGUCAAUGGUGCUACCACAGUGUACAUUGACCGUGAGGACGAAGAUUCUGAUGCCGACGACGAGGAGCUUGAGCGAAGGCGCCAGGAAAAACGUGAAACUGAAUUAGAAAAGCAAUACCUAGACCAAGAGCGCCGCUGGCUCAACCGUGAGAGGAGCAGGACUGCCGCCUUGGAGCGUGAGAAGAAGCGCGACAAGGAAGAAGAGGCCAAGGUUCAAGAAGUGCGCGAUGAGGCAGACAAGCGGUUGGGCGAAUGGAACGACGACGCUGAAGCUAGCCGGAAGUCUAGCGAGUACUACGCCGACCGAGGUGCAUGGCUGCGAAGCCGUGCUGCCUACCGGGCUCGCGAGGUUAGCAUGGAUGAGGCGGACCGUGCGGCAGAAGAGCGGGAACGGGCACGAUCCGUCCAACAAAAAGAACAGGCUCGUGGUAUGGCAGACGACUUCCUUGCGCGCCAAGCCGAGGAGCUGGAAACCAGAAUGGAGGCCCCGCGCGAACCACAACGCUUCAAGCUUUCUCUCGGAGCGGCUGCGCAAAAGGCCCAAGCCGCCACGAGCCGCCGGACUGUUGCCGAAGUCGAGGGCUUAUUGGAAGACGAAGAAGAGCCCGAAGCUACGGCCAGGCGGCCGCUUAUCCCGAUCAAGUUCGACAGCGCGGCCGAAGCUGCCGGGCUUACCGAAGAAGAGCGAGCACAAGCUGCGCGACAACUUGCCGCGGAAAUUCCAGCAGACAAGGAAGGACUAUGGAAGUGGGAAGUCAAAUGGGAGUUCGUGGACGAGUCUGUUGUCAGCGACCAGCUCAAGCCUUUUGUGGAGAAGAAGAUCGUGGAGUAUCUGGGCGUUCAGGAGCAGAUGCUGGUGGACGUAGUGGAAGAGCAUAUUCGCAAGCGCGCCCCUCCUCAGGAGCUUGUAGAACAGUUGGAAGAGGCCCUCGACGAGGAGGCCGAAGUCCUUGUUCGGAAACUUUGGCGAAUGAUCAUCUUCUUCUCAGAAAGCGAGAAGAGAGGUCUUUCGGGGUAG